AUGAAAGCCCUCUUCGCAGCCAUAACAAUGGCACACGCACUCCUCCAAACCCAAGCCUCCCUCCAAAACCCCAACCUCCUCCCCACUCCCCCAAUGGGCUUCAACAACUGGGCCCGCUUCAUGUGCGACCUGAACGAGACCCUCUUCGUCGAGACCGCCGACGCAAUGGCCGCCAACGGUCUCCUCGCCGCCGGCUACAACUGGCUCAACCUCGACGACUGCUGGAUGACGCACCAGCGCGCGCCCAACAACUCGCUCAUGUGGAACACGACCAAGUUCCCGCGCGGCCUGCCCUGGCUCGGCUCAUACGUCAAGGCCAAGGGCUUCCGCUUCGGCAUCUACGAGGACGCGGGCAAUCUGACCUGUGGCGGGUACCCGGGGUCGCUGGGGCACGAGGAGCUCGACGCGCGCACGUUUGCAGACUGGGGCGUCGAGUAUCUCAAGCUGGACGGGUGCAAUGUCUUCCCGGAGGGAGGGCGCACGUCGGAGCAGCAGUACGAGCACCUGUAUGGGCUGUGGCAUCGGAUCCUCAGCGGCAUGCCGCAUCCGCUGGUGUUUUCGGAAUCGGCCCCGGCGUACUUUGCCAACGAGAAGAACCUGUCGGACUGGUAUACCGUUAUGGACUGGGUGCCGCGGUAUGGGGAGCUGGCGCGGCAUUCGACCGAUAUCCUCGUGUACGCCGGGGAGGGCAGCGCGUGGGAUAGCAUCAUGGUGAAUUACCGCUAUAACACGCUUGUCGCGCGCUACCAGCGUCCGGGCUACUACAAUGACCCCGAUUUCCUGAUCCCCGAUCAUCCGGGGUUGACCAUGGACGAGAAGAAGUCGCAUUUUGGGCUGUGGGCGUCGUUCGCGGCGCCGCUAAUUAUCAGCGCGUAUAUUCCGGGCUUGAGUGAGGAGGACAUUGGGUACUUGACCAACCGGGACUUGAUCGCGGUCGACCAGGACCCUCUGGCGCAGCAGGCCACGCUGGCGAGUCGAGAUGACGAGGUCGAUGUGUUGACGAGGAGUCUGGCUGAUGGGAGUCGGUUGGUGAGCGUGUUGAAUCGGGGGAAUAGCUCCGUGCAGAGAGUCAUUCCCUUGCAGUGGCUGGGUCUGAAUCCGGGGCAGCGAUAUCAGGCCAGGAAUCUGUGGGAUGGCACGGAAAAGCGCAUUCGAAAGGAUCUCACAGUCACUGUGCGAUCACACGCAACGGAGAUUUACAAAUUCACGGGCUCGAAUGGUCGAGUUGAUGCUGUCUCCACGGGCAUUGUGUUCAAUACUGCAUCCGGCAAUUGUCUUACUGGCGAUGCAGCUGGUGUUGGAUUUGCGCCAUGCACUGGUGGUGAGAAGCAGAUAUGGCAAGUCCGUGGAUCUGAGCUCCGUCCACUGUCUCUUUUGGGCGAGUGCUUGACUGCAGAUGGGACUCGACUGUCUCUUCGUCCAUGUGCAGGUGAUGAGGCGCAGAUGUGGUCAUAUCACAUUUCAGGGAAUUUGAAGUCAGGACACGAAGGUGGCUGUUUAACUGAGGGCCAUGGCGUCGCAUCUUGUGGGUGGGAAUUGAACAGCCAGGUGUUUGGGCUGCCUAGUGGUCAGCAAGGUGUUAGAAGGGUUCCAUCUCCAAUGCAAGCUCUCCCCUUUGAUUUAGACGUCGUCGAGAUGGACAACCACCCAAAGAUCGAGUUACUCCGGGCAGAGGUCGACGAGAACGAUGAAAGCUAUUUCCGUCUACUGGUCGAUGGCCGGACAAUCAAGUACAUCACCAUCGGGCCUGGCAUCUACAGCACCGAGGACAUGUGCUUUGGUCCUUCUCUAGUCUCUAUCCUGCCUGAACUUCCUCCUGGAGACUGGAACGACGGGCUCGUGGCCCGAGACGCCGACGAUCGACCGCAUUUUGCAUCUGCUCAGCACACCCAGUUCCCGGGAGUCCAAAACACCUGGCACGGAACCUACAUCGAAUACAUGGACCUGUUGAUUGGGCGGAAACUACGAACGGGGAUCUAUGAAGUGCGAUGCGCGUCGUUCGAUAAUGCUGUCGUCGGAAAAUUCGCCCGCUUCCCCUGGGAGAUUCAAUACAUGGAGAACGAAACUGCAGCCUAUCAAUGGAUCUCCGGACAUGAUAUUGGACCCCAGUUUCUUGGUCACUUGACUGAAAAUGGGAGGGUAAUCGGGUUUCUGAUAGAGUAUAUCCCCAAUGCACGGCACGCGAGCUCUCAAGACAUUGCGGCUUGCAGGGAGGUAUUGUCUCGGCUGCAUGCGUUAGGGAUCCGACAUGGCGAUAUCAAUCGGUUCAACUUUCUUGUCCAAGAUUCAAAAGCUACGUUGAUCGAUUUUGACACGGCUCGGAAAUGUGACGAUCGGAAGGUGCUUCUGCAGGAGUUGGAAGGGUUACCAGCCAGCCUGGAAGAUCUCUCGUAUAGAGGAGGUGGAGGCCUUCUAUGA